AUAUUAUUGUGUGAUAAAUGUGAUUCAGGUUUCCAUACUGCUUGCCUAAAUCCUCCUUUAAUGAUUAUUCCUGAUGGUGAUUGGUAUUGUCCUCCAUGUGAACAUAAAAUAUUGUGUGAAAAAUUAAGUGCAGAGCUAAAAACUUAUGACCAACUUGCAAAACAAAAAGAAAGAGAAGAACUAAGAAAGCAGCGGUUAGCUUACGUUGGUAUCAGUCUUGAUAAUGUACUUAAACCUGAAAAGAAAGAGAAAUAUCUUGAUGAAGAAGAUGAACUUUUAGAAGAUUUUUCUGAAGAGGAUGAAAAAUUAUAUUCUAAAAGAUCAUCUCGCAGUAGAAAAUGUGUGAAUUAUCAAUUUAAAGAAUUUGAUGAAUUAAUUGCUUCUGCAAUUCAAGAUGAAGUUGUUUCAGAAAGAGGUGCUGGUGAGUUUUGUCAUAAAUUGUGCAAUACAAAUCAGUUUUUCCAUUUGAUUAAUAAAUCUGAUAACAUUUCUUGAUGUUUUUCAUUUUAAUUUUUAAUUAAAAUCAAUUAAUUAAAAACUUGGCAUUAAUGCAUUUUUACUGCUUGAUUACCAUACCAUAUAUCAGGUGUGUGUCCUAACAUAUUCCAGGAAUUUUUACAUGAAGCUUUGAUUACAGGAGAAACUUAACAUUAAUUUUUUUAUUAUUCAUUUUCUUUAAUGAUUUUAAUGCAAGUUUUUGACAAAAUGAAUCAUUUAGGCCAGUGGUUCUCAACCGGGGGGUACGAGCGUAAAUCGAAGGGGUACAUCUAACUUUCAUUAUAAAAUGGAGUAUGUUAAUCAAUUUGCGGUAAAUUAUUAACAGAAGAAACAACAAAAACUUGCUUUAAAAUAUCCCAGUGUGAACACCAAUUUUCCUUUUAACAGUCUGAACAACUUGUUUGUCCAUUUGAUUUGCCUGUCUAUUUGUGCUGAGUGAACCUGUAGUCUAGUAAAAUUACGGUUUAACCGACCAUUAAUUUUAGAAUAGAAAAAAAAUAUUUUUUCUAUUCUAUAAUAAUACUUUUCAUCCCCUUUCCUAUCUCGCUUUAUUUUUCCUUUUGCCUCUUCCCUUAAUUACCUUUUCUCUACUCUUCGUCAUACUCGCGCAAUACCAAUGAGUAGUCCCGAGUCUUCAUCCCCUUUAUGCUAAAUAUUCUAUAAUUAUUUAUCGAUAAGAUUGGGGCUUUGUGUUUUUACUGGACUACUGGUAUUGGGAAUAAUGAGGCCUGGAUUACAUGUCACUACAUGCGCACAUUACUUGAUAUUUAGCAAAUUUAGACGUUACAUUUGUUACAAAAAUUGAAAGAUUCGUGUAUUGUUCUGCACCUUAUAAAUUUGCAGCCAUUACACAAUUAUAAUCUCUAUUUAACAAUGUGGAAAUCAAAUUUUGAAAAAAUUGCUGAAGAUUUAUCGCAACAAAUAUCCCAU